AUGAGGCCUUCCGCCGUGCGUCUGCUCAACAUCCUCGUCCCCGUCAAACGGGCUGUGGACUUUGCAGUGAAGAUUCGCGUGAACCCAGAGCAGACCGGUAUAGACCUCAAUGUGAAGCAUUCUAUGAACCCGUUCGACGAAAUUGCCGUCGAGGAGGCCGUCCGACUCCGGGAACGCCUCAAAGAUGCUGUCAAGUCCAUCAAAGUCGUCACCAUUGGACCCCCCAAAGCUGUGGAGACACUCCGCACUGCACUUGCAAUGGGUGCCGACUCUGCUAUCCACGUGGAGAUUCCCGAAGGCACUCCUUCUCCCGAACCCCUCGCAGUCGCCAAGACCCUUCGCGAACUUGUGGUGCGCCAGAAAGAGGGCGUCGACUUGAUAAUCAUGGGGAAGCAAGCUAUUGACGACGAUGCAGGGCAAACAGGUCAAAUGCUUGCGGGGCUUAUGGAUUGGGCGCAAGCAACGUUUGCAAGUAGGGUAGACGUAGAUCCAUCGACAAAGGCGGCCAACGUGACAAGGGAAAUCGACGGAGGAUUGGAACAAUUGAAAUGUCAAUUGCCUAUGGUCAUCACAACAGACCUCCGACUUAAUGGCAAAUACGCAUCCCUACCUAACAUCAUGAAGGCAAAGAAGAAAGCGAUCGAAAAAAUCACGCCCGCAGACCUCGGCGUUGAUCUCACUCCUCGAUUACAAACUCUCAAAGUCACAGAACCCCCCAAACGUGUUGGUGGGGGCAAGGUGGCCAACGUCGAUGAGCUGCUGGUGAAGCUCAAGGAAGCCGGGAUUACUGCUAAGCGCGCAUGA